AAGAAUAUGAAAUUGAUUUAGGGGAAAAAUUUGAAAGGACUAAAACAGAAACAUUCACACCAGGUUAUCAAUUAGGUAAAAGAUAUAUCGAAUCUUGGAGUGAUGGUACUCAAACCGCAUUUUUCAAAAGAUUUUAUGAAAGUGUACAACGUAUGGAUGCUGUGCAUAUGGUGCAAGAUAAUGUUAAGAAAGUUAUCGAAGUUUGGGUUAAAGGAAGUAAUGGUGGUAGUGGAAAGGGUAGUGGAUUUACGGGAAGUUCUGAUCCUUCUAAUAAUAGUGGCCACCAAAAUAAUGACAAAUCUGAGUCAGAGAAUGAUG